AUGGAGGUCCCACACUCGGCUGUUGCUCAGCUCACUGAGGAUGCUCGUAGCGAGAGCAUGGGCUCUCAGAGUUCCCAGACUGCGAAGGAGUUUAUUGAGUCUCAGCUCCAACUUGAGGCAGAUGCGCGGGAGGCCCUACCUUAUGCCUUCGACUCUUGCACACAUGACCUUGGACCCUUGCGACAGGUUCUAUUUGCGUGUCUUACAUGCAACCCCCCUCCUGCCGACUCUAACGAAUCCUACACUGCUGCUGGUGUCUGUUACUCGUGCUCGAUCGCUUGUCACGGCGAGCACACCCUAGUGGAGCUCUUCAACAAGCGCAACUUUGUUUGUGACUGUGGAACUACCCGUUUGCCUUCACAUUCAUGCUGCACACUCCGUGAAGAUCCCGUGACUGGCAAGAAGGGUGUCCACUCCCAAAAAGCCGCAACAAGCAACGCAUACAACCAUAACUUUCGCAAUCAGUUCUGUGGCUGUGGCGAACAGUACGAUGCAUCUUCAGAGAAAGGGACAAUGUAUCAGUGUCUGGGACUCGGCACCGUCGAGACGGGAGGCUGUGGCGAGGACUGGUGGCACCCGGAGUGUCUCAUUGGCUUGUCGCGUGAUUGGAACAAGGCUACCCCUAAGGCCAGUGGGCUCGGCGGCGGUGAUGCCACGAAUGAUGCUCAAGUUGAGGAAGAAGAGGAUCUGGUCCCACCUGGGUUUCCCGCGGAGGAUGAUUUCGACCAUCUGAUCUGCUUCAAGUGCAUUGAUUCUAAUCCCUGGAUCAAGCCCUACGCGGGAACUAUUGGGUUCUUGCCACCGGUUUUCCGGGAAGGUGGAAUCAAGACGGCCUCAAAUGUGAUCGAGGAUCCCUCUGUACCUGUCACUCAGCCCAAGAAGAUGGAACUUAAGGAGCAGAAGAAGACCGAACAAUCAAAAAAGCGCAAGGCUGAUGACGAGGGGCCUCGUGAAGGAGAGCCUGUCACUAAGCGAACCAAAGAAGAAGAAGAAGAACCUCCUGUUGAGGAACAGCCAUCAAAGGUUAUCGAGGAAGAGGACUCCAAGGAGGAAAAAGAUACCCCUACAAAACCCUCCGCCCCCAAGCACACUGAGCUUCCCAAGUCCACCCCAAUGGAAUCGUUCUCUCUUUUUGCCUUGGAUGGGUUCCAUGAUCAGUUGUGCCGCUGCACAGAGUGUUUUCCCAAGCUUGUCCCCCACCCCCAGCUUCGCGAAGAAGAAGAUACCUAUGAGCCUCCCAUGUCUGACGAUGGCCAGGCUAACGGUGCUGCAAGUGUCGGUACAGGCAGCAUCUACGAUCGCGGCGAGGCAGCGCUAAACAACAUGGAUCGGGUACGCGCGAUUGAGGGCGCAAUGGCAUACAAUCACCUGCGCGACAAACUCAAGGUAUUCUUGCAGCCAUUCGCUGAAAGUGGACAAGCUGUCAGUGCGGAAGAUAUCAAGGGCUAUUUUGAGGCGCUGCGUGGUGAUGAGCAGGGCAUCAAAGAUGCUGCUCACCACGCUUCAACUGCGGGUGGUGACGGCAAUGAUGAUACCAAUGGAGACAAGCGACAUGAACAGGAUGGUGUGUGA